AUGGCGCACGACAGGCCGUGUCCGCCACAGGAAGUCGUCACUUUACAAAGGCUAGCAGGAGCUAGUCCAGUGUUACUCGGCUGCGAUGCCAAUUCACGGCAUACAUUAUGGGGCAGCUCGGAAACCAACGAAAGAGGAAAAGAAUUGAAGAAACUACCAGUUGAAGACAUUCCUACAAGAGGCGAGCUGGACGCCAAAGCGGACAGCCUGAAUAAGGCCUUCGGAAAGGCCCUUACGAAGGCUUGUCCGCUGAGGUAUGGCAAGAAAGCGCGCACACCUUGGUGGAAUGAGAAACUUACAGCGCUACGGAAGCAAGUAAGAAAAUCCUUUAACGAAUGCUACAGGAUUGAGGUAUGGGACCUAUACAGAGAGAACCUAAAGAAAUACAAAAAAGCGAUACGGGACGCCAAGGAGGCGUCCUGGAGGGAAUUCUGCGAAUCCAUCGAGGAUACCAAGGAAUCUGCGAGAUUAAGCAAAAUCCUUGCCAAGGGGCACUCAGAGCCAACAUAUAUAAAAAGGUCAGAUGGUCCAUGGACCGAGUCGGAUGGGGAGUCGCUGGAUAUCCUUCUGAAUACACAUUUUCCAGGGUGCAAAAUCGAUGUAGUGGAAACCGAUGCCCCAGAGCAUAUACCAACCCUCUCCGAAGACCUCUUAAAGGAGCUACUAGAGAGGGAAAAGAUAAAAUUUGCUAUCUUCAGCUUCUUACCCUAUAAAUCACCGGACUAUGCAAGCGUCUUCCAGGCCGAAACGUUUGCUAUUAAGGAGGCUUUAACGGCCUUAAAUUUAGUGAAAUCGUACAUUAGUGAUCGUUCACAAGUAGAAUGUGCUGGCAACAUAAUAUCCAGCUAUUUACCCAUAACCUGA